GGCGGGAAUUCCAACGGCCGCUCCUCGCUCCCGCCGCCGCCGCCGUCCGUCGCUCGGCUCCGGUAUGGGUUCUUCAGACCUAGAAGACUUAUGCUCCCACAUCAACGGAAAGAUUUCGAAUAUAAAAAAAACUCUACAGUUAAGAAACAUCGGGCAGGAGCCAUCCUUGAAGGCAGUGCUGAGUAAAAUAGGAUACGAAAUGUCUCUUCUAAAUGAAUUUUUAAACAAACUGGAGCUGGAAGUUCAACGUCAAGAACAUCUGAGGAAUUCCCUUAAGGAGCUCCAAGAAUCUAUUGAAGGAGACUAUAAAGAAGUAGAGCACCUCAAGGAAAACGUUCCUCCCCAUCUUCCCCAAGUAAAUCAAAGUUGCAGUGCGGGACCCAAUGUGAAAACUGAAGAACAAGACCCAGUGGCAGAACCUGGACAUACAAAGAAAUUGUUAAAACAGCAAAAAAUGAUUAAAGAAGCCUUAUUAAUAACUGCGGCUGAAUUCAACACUGUUCCUGCGUAUAUGAAAUCUCGUUUGACAUACUGUCAGAUUAAUGAUGUUGUUCAAGAAAUCAACAAGGCAGUGACUAGUAAAUAUAAGAUUCUCCAACAACCAAAAAAAUCUAUGAGUUCUGCAGUCAGAAAUCUCUACCACAGAUUCCUUGAAGAAGAAACCAAGGAUACUAAAGGUCAGUUCUUUAUAGUGGAGGCCGAUAUAAAGGAGUUCACUAAUCUGAAGCUCGACAAGCGGUUCCAUGUGAUACUGAACAUUUUGCGGCACUGUAGGCGACUGUCAGAAGUGCGAGGUGCAGGACUUGUCCGUUACGUUAUCUCCUAACAUGUCCCCGUCAUUUUCCUCAUCACCUUUGACCAUAAUGUUUUUAUCAGCGUUUUUGCUACUUUUUUUAUUUUAAAAUAAAAGCAACACUUGCUGGGGUACCUUUGCAUUUACAAAUAGUUGAGGAAUUUAAACUUUGAAUCUGGUUUUGCUUAAUAAGGAGGAAGUUUUGAAUAAUAAACGUGAUGUUUAUUAAGUGCUUACGAAGAUCCAAAGCACUGUUAUAUUGUACUCUCCCAACCACUUGGUACAGCACUCUGCAUAUAGUGAGCGCUCAAUAAAUAUGAUCGAUUGAUUCUACACUUGUAUCGUCGGCCCUGUUAGCCCACGUAUCCUGUUCUGCUUCAGAGGUAGAGAAGGUGAGGGAUGGUGCAGAUGAGAUGGCUCAAAAGCAUUAAGCGUCACGUGGGGGCUAGGAGCAGGCCGAUUCCUCUCUGGGAGUCCAAGGGAGUGGCAGAAUGUGAGUCCCCCUUGGGAGAGAUUGGCAGAGACUGGACUUGAACUUUGACUCAGCCUUGCUGAUUCCUCAGGAAACCUUGUGGUCUGUAAAAAUUUUAGCACUUACCUAGCAAAGCAUUAAAUUUGGGUGGAAUUUUUUCAUGAACCCUAUUUCCUGAUUACCUAGAAGUAAAACAUACCGCAGUGAUCAGUAAACACAAAUUUUCUUUACUAUCCCUUGCUUGACUCGUUAUUGAGCGUUCAUUUUCUUUUGCUGGGUAACUGGUGCAAUUACCGGUGAAUAUUUUGAAUGCGAGAUCAGGGCAGCAUCUCGGAAACCUAAAUAAUGCAAUUUCCUUUCCUUCUAAUAGGCUCAGCAGUUGUCGAAGGGACUGCUUUGUAAACAUCAAAUGUUCUGAUUAAAAAGAUUCGUUGGCAUAGGUAUACACCAUUUGCUUAAUAGAUACCGCUGGUUUAAUCACUAGUAGUUUAGUUGGGAGGCAGUAAAUUGGACUAAUCUCUGGAAAUAAUGUUGUCUUUUCCAUUUCAAGUAAAUACUGUGGAAAAAUAGUGAGAAAUUCAAACCUGUUGAAUAGUAAAUGACUACAGUUCUUAGCUCUGUAAUUUUUGGCGAAGACUUUCAGAACAGUAGUCUCAACAAGGAUGAGUUCAAACUGACUGGAAAAUAAGUUUGCAAGAUUCAAAAAGUGUUUUAGAAACAGGCAUGAGAACAGAUUCUGCAUAUUUAUGGUAGUUCAAAGAAAUAAGGGAAGGACUAUGAACUGUACCACCAGCUUGAGCAACACAGUCUCAAAAAAUGUGACUUCUUGUGGUUUUUGAUUUGUCCGAAUUGUCAUUUUGAAGAGAUCUGGUCCUCAUCCUUUUUUGCGUGUUUUAUUUUAAAAAGACUCUGAUCUUUAGAAAGAGUAAUUCUUAAAACAAAUUUGGCCAUGAUUCAGAUUGGAUCUAGCCUUUCUAAUCUGGCUUCGUGUAUCAUAAAAGGUAUUAAUCCUGUGAUAUGAAACUGCCUGGUUGGAUUGUAAGUACUGCUUACCAUUUUAAUAUUUUCUCUGUGGGAAACUGAUAAUCUUAAUAGGCUUUUAAUUAACUAGCAUGCCCACUUUCUAUUUGGAGCAGAAGAAGUAUUUUGGCUCCAUCUCCUUCACUUUCAGAUUUCUUUUCCUGCGUUUCCAAUUUUCCUUGCCUUGCUCCAAGGAAAGCCUCCUACCCCCUUGUGGUUGAAUGUAGCUUUUUAGACCUGAGACUUUCUGGCUCAACUGCCGACUUCCAGACUUAAUGAAAUACUUCAGUUUAGCAACAAAUCUUUAAAAGCCAAAUGUAUUGCCUUGCUACGCUGGUUAAUAAACAUCCACCUGAUUUUGGGCUUUAUCAAGCUCUUGAAACGUCA